AUGCAAGCCCAAUAUGAACAUGACAGGCAGCGUCUGUUCGACACUCAUCUCCCAAUCACUCCGAAUUAUCUAGGAAGCUCAGCGAAGCGUAUGUACAACUUGGUUCGUGUCGAUCUGGACAUAAAACUGCAUCGCGGCUUGAUCGAGCACCCUACUCAGCCGCUUCCUCCCGGUGUCAAAGUGAAUGAGCCGCGCAAAAGUAUCGGCAGCAGGAUCAGUGUAAUCUAUGAGGCUUUGAGGGAUGGACGCGGAAGUGCGCUGCUCAUCGCAAUUGCUGAGGAGAGUUUGAGAGGCGAGACUUGA